GAAAUGACAGAGGCUUACGUCAAGCUCUGAAAAACAGAGGAAUUGAUUUUUAUUCAAUGAUUAAACUCGUUAUUCGAUGAGAAAAACUGUAAUUUUUUUAAUAAUUAAAUAUUUCUUUCCAUUUUCCAUAAACUAAGAAGCAAUGACAGAAAGACCUCUAAAGGAAGGGCAGCGUGUCGAGGUAACGGGUAAAGAUGUGAAAGGUGUAGUUGCGUACGUCGGAACAACACUUUUUUCUAGUGGAAAGUGGAUUGGUGUAAUACUGGAUGAACCCAAAGGAAAGAACAAUGGUACUGUGCAAGGAAGAACGUAUUUCCAGUGCAAGGACAACCAUGGCAUGUUUGUGCGGCAGUCACAGCUUACACUUCUGGAUGAAAGUGGUGCACCAGUCAAAGAUUAUGGGAGUACAUCAAGUACAUCUACUGCAACAACACCAGAUGAUAAUGCAAAGUCACGUCCGAGACUCAGCAGUGUCAAAAGGAAAACAGAACCUACUGCUGUUCGGCGAAAAUCUUCUCCUGCUCAGGCUCCUCGAACUCGUUCUGAUAAGUCGAGUUCUCGCCUGUCCUUGGCGAGUUCUCGCAGUCAGAGUGAAUUUGCUAAAGAAGACUCUCCAUCGAGCUCUGGCAAGGACACAGGGACGCCAUCUGCAUCAGAACCUACUUCAAAGAGGGCAUCAUUUAUUGAGAAACCUACUGCAUCUUCCAAACAGGGCGUCACAAGCCCAGAAUCUGUACCUUUGAAGCAGAGUUCUCAAAGACCUCGAAGCUUGGCAGGGAGUAGCAUUGGGGAGGAUCAAACCGGUUUUGUAGAGACUUUAAAACCGCAAUACACGCCAGGUCCAGCAAUGAUUUCACCUGGGGCAAUGAGCUCAUCCAUUGGAACGGUUGAGGAACGUUUAACAAAUUUGCAACAGCAGCAGGAAAUUGACAAUUUGCAAACAGAAGUACGUGAUCUGCAGGAGAAGCUGGAGACUUUGAAACUUAAACGUCUGCAAGAUGCAGAGAAAUUGAAGGAACAUGAGAAAGUAAAACUUCAGUUAGAGCAAUUACUGGAAUUCAAGGCUCGUAUCAUGGAAUCCCAGGCAAUGCUGCAGAGGGACUUGCAAAGAGCCAAACAGGAAGCUCGAGAAGCUAUUGAGGCCAGAGAAGCUCAUGCAGAAGAGAUGGCUGAUCUUGCUGAAACUGUUGAAAUGGCUACUCUCGACAAAGAGAUGGCUGAGGAAAAGGCUGAAACUCUACAGUUGGAACUGGAACAGGCAAAAGAAAAGAUAGAAGAAAUGACACUGGAUCUGGAAAUCCUAAAGGCUGAGAUGUCAGAGAGAUCUGGUGGUGAAGAGGGUGGCAAGUCCUCUUAUGAAGUGAAACAGCUGGAACAGCAGAAUCUGAGGCUUAGGGAAACACUUGUCAGGAUGCGUGAUCUAUCUGCCCAUGAAAAACAUGAAUUUCAAAAGCUGCAGAAAGAAUUUGAGCAAAAGAAAUCAGAAGUCGCAGAAUUAGCUCGUACCAAAGAAAAGUUGAGUUCCAGAAUAGAAGAAAUGGAAAAUCAAGUUGCAGAUCUUCAAGAGCAGGUGGAUGCAGCACUGGGGGCAGAGGAAAUGGUGCAACAGCUUGUAGAUGCAAAGAUGAAUCUCGAAGAAAAGGUAAAGGAACUACAGGAAGCAGUUGCUGACUUGGAAGAGUUACAGGACAUGAAUGAACAAUUGCAAGAAAACAGCAGGGAAGUGGAAGUAGAACUGAGAGAAGAACUGGACUUAGCUCGUGCUGCAACUCGAGAGGCCAUUCGAGAAAAAGAGGCUGCAUUUGAAACAAUUGCUGAUCGUGAACAAACAAUAAUUAAAUUCAGGGAACUUGUAAAACGACAGCAUGAACAGUGCAUGGAAUUACAACAAAGACUGGAACGUGAAUCCAGCAAACCUGUAACAGCAAUGCCUGAAAUUCUUGACUUUAAGAAAAUGUUUACAGAGACAAAAGCUCAUACGAAAGCAAUUGAUCUGGAACUUCGGCAGAUGGAUGUUCAACAGUCAAGUCAGCAUGUCAAAUAUCUCGCUGCAUACAUGCCCGAUACAUUCAUGAAUCGAGGAGGUGAUCAUGAUGCAGUUUUAGUGCUACUGCUUGUCCCACGUAUGCUUUGGAAGGCAGAUAUAUUACUAUCUCAAGUUCGUGACAAAUUUCCAAAUGUGGAAAAGAUUGAUCGAGCAGCUAUCCUAAAAGGUCACACUGUUGAACAGUUUUCCUUCAAAUCAAGAUUCAGCCACUUCGUGCAUUCACUCCAGAUGAUACUUCAUCAGUUCACAUACAGUCUCAAUGCUUGCUCUCCAGAAACAUUCCUGAAAGUAGGAACAGCAUAUCCUGAAAUGGCUGCACAAGAAAAAGCAGUAGAUGCAUUUGUUGAUCUCUUACGCCGAGAUCAGUUAGAUGAAAAUGUCAUGCUUGAUGCUCUUGAGAAAUGUGUAACAUUCUUCAGCACAAUGUUCCCUGUGCUCUUGGGGGAUGAGAUGAAAAGUAACCAGACAAAUCUCCUAGCCGAUGCUGGCAAAGCCUUAUCAAGUGCCUGUGAUGCAAUUCUGACAGAUGCCACUUCAAUAAAAACUCUUAUGGAGAGUGGACAAGAAACAGGAGAAAUGAAUCUUUUGUUGCAACACCUGAUUUCAACAUCUGAGAAUGUGCUGCAACUUUUGAAACAGAUUAGACGACGCUUACCACAGGAUCAUGCUUUGUCAAAACUAGGCUUCUCAGAUGAAAUUGCUGUUACUCUCAUGCACUGUUGUCAGCACGCAACGCGUAUCUGCAAGGUUUUGCAGCAGGUGCUGAAGGGUGCAAUUCAGCAAAUAGCCAUCAGUGGAGAACCUGAUUCUGGUGUCCCACAUGAAAAAAUAAGAGAGUUUGCAUAUGUUGCAAUUGAUUCCAUUUAUGAAGAUGAUCGGGGGCCAAUUGAGAGUAUGAAGGCAUCUAUGGGACUAAUAUCAGGAGAAGUAGCAAAACUGAAUAAAGUUCUACAGGACAAUGAGUAUGAGCUUGCAGUAAGUUCUGGGGCAGAAGAAAAGCCUGUCCCACCUAUUGCACUGAGGGCACAAGCAAUAAAAAAAGAACUAGAGGAAACUAAAAAUCUCAAGCAAAAACUAGAGGCUAGAGAAGCAGAUAUAAAAGAACUGAAGAAAGCACUAAAACUGAAACAAGAGGAAUUUAGUGAAAUGAGUGUUCGAAAAGAAUUUGCAGAGAAGAAAUUAGGAAAUUCUUCCAAAGAAUAUGAAAUGACAAUUGAAAAGCUGCAGAGAAAAUUAGAUGAUUUUCAACAACUUCUGAAACGGAAGGAGAAGGAACAUGAAGCAUCAAUGGACCAUUUACAAGCAGAUAUAGAUUCACUAGAGACUGAACGGCGUGAAUUAAAAGACAAAUUGAAGAGCUUGAACAAGAAAGCUAUUAAUGAGGGAUUUCCAAGGAAAACAGCAGUUGCAACUCAGGAACACUCACUCAUGGGUCCUAUUAGCAUCAUAUCAAGUGCUGGAGCUGGUGGAAACGAGUUACUUCUUCAGGAACAGAUUCAGAGUCUUCGCCGUGCCCUGUCAGUUGCCUUAGAAGAGAAGUGGAAGCUAGAAGCAGCCAUUAAAUAUAAGCGCUUUUUGGACAUGAAGCCUCUCAAGGUGCCUAAGAGGGUAACAACAGCUAGUCUUAUGGAGAAGGUGAGGGAGAAAGAAGCAGAUAAUUGGUCACUGAAGACAGCAGAAUCAAUACUUAAAAAGGCAGUUGAGCUGCAAAAGGAGAUAUAUACUGCUUUAGCGACACCAAAAGUAGUGGAUAUCAGUAAAAGAUUUCCAGGCAGCAAAGAAUGGUUGGAUCAUAAUGCUCCUGCUAAACAUUUGGCAAAUGAAGCUGCCCGUUUGAAACAUCUUCGUGAAAAAGUCGCACAGUUGGAGUCUGAAGCUGCAAAGUUCCUUGUGAAGCGUAAGACAGGUGGCAAAAUAGAAGCAGAUUUCGCGGUGUUUCCAACAGUUGAAAUGAAGAAAGCUCUCGAGGAGACGCAGCCAGUAGUAAUUGGAAAACUGAAACUACCCAGAGACAAACAGCUUGAUAAAGAUGUCCCAGAUAAGAUCUCACUUUUCUUAAGUGAUGAUCAAUUGAAGCUUCUGCACAAGAAGUUGCUAAUUCCAUUAGGUGUUUGUUAGCGCAAUAAGCAAAAAGUACUUACAUGGAAGUAAACUGAGCUUUAUUGCUUUCUGUAAAUAAGAUUUUUAAAUUGAUUGUGGCCUCUAUCAAUUUAAUAACUUAACUUAUUUAUUUAAAAUAGCAUUUAUUGCAAAAGUUCAACAAGUGGAAGUAUAAAGUAUGAAACUUUAUUGAAAAUAGAUUAAUCUACUAAAGUGAGUUGUGACAAGGAUACCAGAAAACUCAAGAGUACUGCAUUUCAGUAGUAGAAUGAGAGAACAUGUUGCGGGAGGUUGGCAGGUGGAAAGGUUGUAUUGGGAGAACAGGUCAGCUAGAAUACAUAUUUAACACUGUUGCCUGUGGUACAGUAUCUUUCUACUUUGUGUUUCAAUGACUACAAUUUUUUCUUCUCUUCGUGAAACUGUUCAGAAUGGUUUAAAAAAAAAAUGAAGUCCAGAAAGCAAUAACAACACUAUGAGGAGGACAGAUUGCUGCUCACCAUAUGGAGAAGCUAUUGAGUCGCAUAUGGACAUAAUGAAAAAUCCUGUUAAUAUUUAAGCUUUUGGAGUGAGAAGUCCUCCUUCUGAAAAAGGACACAGACAUACGGCCACAACUCACACACACAUGGCCACUGUCUCCGGGCACCAGUGCCAAGGUGUGUGUGUGUGUGUGUGUGUGUGUGUGUGUGUGUGUGUGUGUGUGUGUGUGUGCGUGUGUGUGGGAGGGUGGGUGGGUGUGUCCUAUUUUGAAAGAAUGACUUUUUUGUUUGAAAGCUUAGAUACUUAGCAGUCUCUUUCAUUGUGCAUGUCUGUGACUGAAUGACUCCUCUAUAUGGUGAGUAGUAAUCUGUCCUUUACGUAUUGUUGUUCUGAGUGGUUUCAUUUACUUAACUCCUUAUAUUCCUAUUUUUCCUUGUGGAAACUCAGGACUGUGUAAACUGUAUUUUUAACUGUAGGUUUUUAACAUUAUUUGGAUGUGACACAUUAAUUUUUGUCUGUUGUUUUUAUAAGUGAAAUCAAAUGUUUGAAGAUUAUGUAGUAGUGUACAAAGAAUUAAUUGGAGAUAUUUUCAUUCAGGGCUGAGGAUGGGAAGAGAAUUUCAGGAAUUGAUUCCACUUAGCAAUUACUGUGAUGGUAAAGAUUAUAGUACAUAGCAAAAAAUUAAUUUUAUUACAUCUUUUAUUUGCUUACUAUGCUACAUAUUUUGUGAAGAUCAUUACCUCUGCUCGUAACUGAAGUCUUUCACAGGCAGAAAAAUUAGUAAAAUAUUUUUACAAAUUUGUAUUACUUGUUGUUUAAUUGAACUGCAGACUAUGAAUAUUUAUGGUUUCAGAAUUUAAGAACGUAAUACCUAAUCUUCUGUGUCAAAAUCUAUAUAUGAAUAUUUUUAAAGAUGUCUUUAUAAAAUAGUGUUUUUCACCAAGGGAAGCACAUUGGAGGAAAACUGCAAAAAAACACAUUGAUCAACAGAAGUGUAAAUAUUUUAAACUGUUUUCCACUUUUAUAGAGAAAUUUUGAGAAGUGAAAUAUGUCAGUAUUGAGCAAUAUUAAUGUUUCACAUUUAAUCAAACAAUGGAAAAUCCAGGGUGGAUUUCACAUUUAAUGUAUAUUUCAGUAGUUGACUUGAUUUUUCAGGAGGGGGGGUAUCUGUCUUUGACUCAUUGAGAAAUUAAUUUAUUUGGUUUGUUUUCGUCAGACAUGAAGUACUUCUGGUUCCUCAUGAAAAACAGAGGUCAAACUAUGAAGAAUUUUGUGUGUGAUCACAACUAGAAACUUAGAAUUUCUAAACAGUUGCAUUUAAGAUGCAACAGGUGAUAUUAUUUUUAUUAUUAUUAAUUACUCUGUUCAAGUACAUAUUUGUACAUAAAUCAGAUACCUGUUUCAUGCUAAAAACUGAUAAAUCAUGAAGGAAAGACUAGUGAAAUAAAUAAAGAACUGAAUGCAAAUUGGUAAAUAGGUUUCAUAAUUUUUUUUUCUGGUGUAGAACAAUCUCUACAGUGCAGGUAUAGAAUUUGGUAUUUGUCAACACUAGAUUUUUGUGAAAUGCAUGUAAGAGGAGAAGUAGCAUUUUUGGGUACUUAUGUUAAUGCCAGUAGAAAGAAAAUUGUAAAUGAUAUUUGAGCAACAUUGUUGGUACACAGUUGUUUGCAGACCACCAUCAAUAUACUAUAGCUCACAGUAAGUUUUUGCUUAGAAAUGUGAUAUUUGGUGCUUCAGAGGGUAAUACAAAGUAGGACCAGUCAGUCAGUAUUCUUACUUGUUCUCUUUUCUCUCAUAUUUUCAUUUUGUCACACUGCUCAUAUUGUAUCUCAAAUAAUUCCAGAAUGGAAUGCAGUUCUUCCAGGUGGAGGUGAGCUUCUGCAAUGUUCACCACAUUAUUACACACAAUAAUAUUGACAACUUGAUGCAUGGGAUAAAUAAGAUAUCUAUUUGUAACAGUCUUUUGCAGGAAACAGGCCACAUAAUUUUACAUGUAGUUUCCUUGGUUGUGGAAGUUACUUGAUGGGCACUGUGGGACAGUGAUAAAUUGGAACUUGGGCAACUGGUCACAUGAGUGCUCUAUGAGUAACGUAGGAGGCUCACUGAAAUUGUACCAAGAAGAAUCAGUUGACUAGAUUUCAUAAUUAUACAAAACACUGAUUGUUUAAGGUAUAGGUUGGACAGAAAAGAAAACUCUUCUGGUAUGUGAUAACAUGUGUUUCUGUUAUAUUUUUAUAUUCUGCAGUAUUGCUUGUAUAAUAGAAGAUUUUAUAUAAAAACUGUGGUUGGUAACAGAGAAUUUAUUUAGAACUUUUGUGCCAACCACUAACAUUUAAAGCUUCCUCUUAUAAUAUUUUGAUUAUUCCCAGCUUUGGGAAAACUGGUUAUUUAUUGAACAAUAAUUCACCUCUCUCUUCAGUCAUAUGGAACUGAUAGAGCUGUUGUAAAUUCUGUAAAAUAAGAAAAGGUGCCUCAGACUGUUAGAUGUAUACAUGUGCUUAUAUGAUUUUUCCCACAGUAUUAAUACAGUCAAAUAAAUAUAUGCUUGACUAAUGAUUGUUUAUUAUUAAAUGGAUAUCAUGACAAUUGUAUAAAAAGCUUUAAG